CAUAGAAUUCUCAAGAAUUCCUAACUGCUCCUCUCUUUCUCUCUCUCUCUUUCUUUCGCUCUCACUCUCUCUCUCUCCUCCCCUACCUUCCCCAAACCAAGUGCAGGGAUAGUGGUCUUAUUAGUGACUUAAAAUGAUGCUUUUGAACAAGAAGAUGCUGGGUACUUUUGGUGACUAGCAUGACCCCCACUUUUUUCUUUAAAUUCCUGAGCUUUUGUUUACGGUCUCUUAUUCCCGGUGCUACUGAAGCGGAAUGUUACUUGGGUGGAAAGCAUAAUUGCUUUCUUUUCUAGGUCCUUAAACCCUUUGCUAAUGUCACUGUCUGAGAGUUCCCAGAGCCAGGGUUCUAGGAGAGUUGGGCAUGUCUGAGCAGCUGGACCAUGAAAUAAUGGGGUAGGGCAGGCUUUGGCAAGCCAAUUCACCCAGGCUGUCUCAUCUAAUAUCCCCCAAAACCCUGUGAGGCCGGGCCUGCCGGCCUCUAGAUGCUGCGCUGUCCUGAGCCCUGGGCCAUGCCUGUGCACAAGGAGAGCCCUUGAAGUAUGCCUGGAAGAAGAAGCAUGCAGGGCACCCCUGGUGGAGGGACAUGCUCUGGGCUGUCCUCUCUGGACAGGCAGAUGCUCCUGGUCUUCAGCUUUAUCCUGGCAGCAGCUUUGGGCCAAAUGAAUUUCACAGGAGACCAGGUUCUUCGAGUUCUGGCCAAGGAUGAGAAGCAGCUCUCACUUCUCAGGGAUCUGGAGGGCCUGAAGCCCCAAAAGGUGGACUUCUGGCGUGCCCCAGCCAGGCCCAGCCUCCCCGUGGAUAUGAGAGUUCCUUUCUCUGAACUGAAAGACAUCAAAGCUUAUCUGGAGUCUCAUGGCCUGGCCUACAGCAUCAUGAUAAAGGACAUCCAGGUGCUGCUGGAUGAGGAGAGAGCGACCAUGGCGAAGUCCCGCCGGCUGGAGCGCAGCACCAGCAGCUUCAGUUACUCCUCUUACCACACCCUGGAGGAGAUAUAUAGCUGGAUUGACAACUUUGUAACUGAGCAUUCAGACAUGGUCUCAAAAAUCCGGAUUGGCAGCAGCUUUGAAAAUCGGUCCAUUCUUGUCCUGAAGUUCAGCACUGGAGGUUCUCGGCGCCCAGCCAUCUGGAUUGACGCUGGAAUCCACUCCCGGGAGUGGAUCACCCAUGCUACCGGCAUCUGGACUGCCAAGAAGAUUGUCAGCGAAUAUGGUAAAGACGCGGUCCUGACAGACAUACUGAAAGCCAUGGACAUCUUCAUAGAGCUUGUCACCAACCCUGAUGGGUUUGCUUUUACCCACAGCAUGAACCGCUUGUGGCGAAAGAACAAGUCCACCAGACCUGGAAUCUUCUGCAUUGGCGUGGAUCUCAACAGGAACUGGAAGUCAGGCUUUGGAGGAAAUGGUUCUAAUGCCAACCCCUGCUCUGAGACUUAUCGCGGGACCUCCCCUGAGUCGGAGCCGGAGGUGGCUGCCAUUGUGGACUUCAUCACAGCCCAUGGGAACUUCAAGGCGCUGAUCUCCAUCCACAGCUACUCUCAGAUGCUCAUGUACCCUUAUGGCAAAUCCCUGGAGCCUGUUUCCAACCAGAAGGAGUUGUACAAUCUUGCCAAGGAUGCUGUGAAGGCCCUGCACAAGGUCCAUGGGAUCCACUACAUUUUUGGCAGCAUCGGCACCACCCUCUACUUGGCCAGCGGGAUCACCGUCGACUGGGCCUACGACAGCGGCAUCAAGUAUGCCUUCAGCUUCGAGCUCCGGGACACGGGGCACUUUGGCUUCCUGCUGCCAGCCACACAGAUCAUCCCCACAGCCCAGGAGAUGUGGAUGGCGAUUCUGACCAUCAUGGAGCACACCCUGAAGCACCCCUACUAGCAAUACUCCUGAGGGCACAGCAGGAGGGGUUCGUCCUCCUCCCCAGGGCCUGGGGCUCCUCCUGAAACCCAACCUAUAUACCCACCUCCCCGUGCCCUUGUGCAGAACCCUUAGAAAAUAAACA